UAGCAACAAAGUACAAAUAUUGCAAAAUGGCGGGGGAUAACUCUGCGGAUUGUUAUUGUGGAGAUAUUCUCAAGCUACUUGAUUUGAGUAGCCAUGAAAAGAUUGAAUUGCAAAAAGAGCAUGUAUGGAUUGUCUACAACUAUACACAAGCAUUUCUUCAGAGACAAUGCAAUUGUGUAUUCAAGGAAUACAAGAACUUUGAGCAGCUGAACAGUUUGGUUCAGCUUGUCCUCCGACUUGCAAUUAAUAUCAUCUCCUCGUGGCACCAAUCACGAGAGAACGAUGAAGAAGAAGAGCGGAAGAAAGAAAGAGAGGUCAAAUCGAAGGACGCAGAAAAGAAAGCCAGCGAGUCUGGCCAAGGAACCUCAGACCGUAAAGAGGAUGAUGUUGAACUGCCCAAAGCAGAGGACACAAGACAAGAAAAGUGUGAUGAAACUGAGAAAGACAAAGAGAAGAGUAAUGAUGGAGGAAUGACUGAAGAAGGAAGAACUGAGAGUGAAAAGCGGGAGGAGGAGGAGGAAACGAAAGAUGGAAAGGGAGAUGGAAUGGAGGAGGGUAUGACUACCACCGAGGAUGGAGAGGAUGUUGCUAAGGAGGAUGCUAGGAAGAUGAAGAGGUGUAGAACACCACCGGAGGAUAGUAGUCGUCGGGCGGAGGAUGAGGAUUGGACACUGGAGGAGAAACAGAGGUUGUUGCAUCUCGUUGCCAAAGUUUUUCACAUGACCUUCCCAUUGUAUUCAGCACAUAAACAGUACUACCAUGGUGUCACGGACGAACUGUCACCACAAGAAUCAGAAGCACUAGGAAACUACUGUGACACAAAUGAUUUAGAUGUUAGUCUUCACCUGCUACGGAAUGUAUGUUUCUUCUGUGAUAGCAAUGGAUUGGUUGUGAUGAGGCAAUGCUUCCAGCAGUCUACUCCUGAGACAUUGCCCUUCUCUUCUGCUAUUUCAAUGUUCACCGUCGUCACAAACCUGAGGAUGUGGCUUCAUUUACAUGCCGUCAUGCAGUUUGUGGUUCCCCUAAGGACGCAUAUAAUAAGGUAUUUGUGUAAGUUGCCCGACAAGGAGCUACGAGGGAAUGGAGCCAGACACAUGGCGGAUAUGAUGUGGAGCGCCAUCAAGGAGCCAGUGGAGAGCCCUCUAUGUUUCGAUCAGGACAGUCUGGAGCUGGCUUUCAAGUUUUUCACAUCAGCUACUCUCACCAUGAGGCUAACUGGCUUAGGUCAAAUCACUAAUCAAAUCCACAUGUUCAAUGAGGUGUAUCACAAUGAAUCAGUCACAGAUGUUGAAAACAUGGGCUCAGAACUGACAAAAUGGCUGCUCGAGAGAGAAAUUGUGGAACAUAUAUUUGGUCCCAACAUGCAUGUAGAGAUCAUCAAGCAAUGCCAGGUGAUCCUCAACUUCCUAGCGAGUGACGGCGCCCUCACCCUGAAGCACCUGGACACUGUGUGGGCGGCGGCACAGCUCAAGCAUUCCGGUCGCUACGUCCAUGACCUCUUCCCCCAUCUCAUCAAGCAUCUAGAAUCCCGUCCCCUUCUUCAUCUCAUGCAGCUGGUCUCCAAACUCCAUCCGUCUGAACACACAGAACAGACCCUCUACUUGUCUCAAGUAAUCACCAAGUGUGUUUGGGACAAUGCUCUAUCCACGAGAGCCAUGGCCGCGACCACAUCCCAUCCUAGGAGACUACUGCCCUCGGUCCAAGUCUCGCCAACUACCCAGGAUUUCCCGCUACUCAAGAGCAGUCUAGAAAAAGGCAGAUUACCUCUGUCGAUGGGUGGUAACAGAAAUAACAGCAGAACAUUGGAAUUCCAAGGCAUCCGACCAGACGAAGAGGAAAGCCCUUGUCAUAGAUGUCUACAUUGCGAUCAACAUGCUGACGAGGAGGAGCAUCUGGAUGUUGUUGGUCUUGACCCCUCCCACUUAGAGGACCAUUCCUCGGACGUGAUGUGUCAUCACGACCUGGAUGACCACCGGUCAGUACAUUCCCACAGCUCCAAGGCCAGCCAUGCCGAUUCGUGGCGGUCAGAGGGCGAGAUGGCCAUUUGCCACGCCCACCGCAAAUCCUCGCGGCAUCCGUCGUCGCUCUGCGCCUCCGACCAGGACGACUCCGACAGUAUCGACUCCGAGAACGAGGCGAUGGCUACGAGUCCCGACCAGACGGACAGCGGGAGCGAUGGUUCGGAAGGGAGCUACGAGGACAAGGGUGUGCCGCUGGGAAGUGACUUUGAGGAUGUGAGCAACGGGAGUGAUAUGGAGAUGGAAGGGGACAGGGAGAGGGGCGUCCUUAGGAGGGACGGCAAUAGACAUGUCCUCAAGCAGUUGGCCAAGACUCUGAGACAUAGCAAGGAUCAUCAUCAGCAUCACAUGGACACUGGCAGCGAGCAGGGAGGAGAUAGCUCCGACUCUAGCCCAGGUAUGGAGUACAAAAAAGUCCAGGGAGAUCUGGUUCUUUCUCCCAGUGACCUGAACCGCAGCCCUGUCAAACUUGUUCAUGAGCUACCGGUCAGGGGCAAGCUGCCCACCAUCGAUGAGUCGCCCGAGUCGGAGACCCAUGGACUUUCCCAUGAUUCUCACCAGUCCGAGGAGUACUUUCAUGGUCCUAGCGGCAUGGAUCCAGAGAUCUAUGACUGUCCAAGGUUUCUUCCAAGACCUAGGCCAAUCAGGAGACCCAUGAUGAUGAACCUCAUCUACCCUCAGCAUCAUCACCAUGACGACGAUGACGAGGAUGACGAUGAGGAGGGAGGGGGCAGCUGCAGCAGCUCCCAGGCCAGCGCCAAGUCGGACAAGAACAUGGCCGACUUUGACGGGGAGGACGACGAGGAGGAUGAGUCGAGCUCUGUCUGUGAGGAUGCCCUGGCCCAGCUGAGUGCCCAGCUGAGCCAGUUUGACCAGCACCAAGAUCAUGGUCACCAUCGUCAUCACCAUCAUCAUCAUCAUCAUCAUCCGCAUCGGUUACAGGCUCACGUCAAGGGAAGGCAGAGGCCUAUCGCUAAUGUUUCACCUGUACAACGAAAUAGACUGUCCAGUUCAUGCUCGACACAUGGAGAGGAUGAUGAUGAAGAUGGACAAAUCAUUCCCUUUGAAGACUUUAGCUUUGAAGACGUCUGCAAGCAAUCUCACACUCUACUCUGGGACCUUGUACAGGAUGAAAGUGCUGUGCAUUUGGGUGACGGUUUGUCUUCUGAGGCUGAGAAGCUUCUCUGCUCCCUGGUCUGUGUCUUUCCUGAGAGAGAAAUCAGAAUGAGAUUUGUAGAAGGUUGUCUAGAGAACCUCAAACAGCAUAGGUCGGUGGUUGUAUCCCUUCGUCUCAUACCAAAGCUUUUUGCAUCCUUCCAGCAGUACCGCAACAACUACAACACACAUUGGAUCACAAUGUGGGCAGAGAGAGAACUGGGCAUGAUGAAUCUAUUCUUUGCUGAUCUGCUCCACUACACAGGACAAGUCAGACUGGCAAAGAAACCGGAAAAGCAGCUGUACAGCCACAAGACUGAGAUUCAGACCAGGUUACAGUUCUUAACCUGUGUCUUCUCUACCGGAGGCUCUCCAGACCACUUCAGAUUGACCCUUGAUCAAGUGGAUACCUUGUGGUCAUGUCUAGCUUUGGAUUCGGACUGCUCCGAUGAAGCGCUCAACUGGUUCUUACAGCAAGCUAACAACAAGGACCAACAUGCUCUGGGCUUAGAGAACUUCAAACACAUAUUCUUCCACAAGAUGCCCCAGCUGGAGCCAGACAGCAUCAGUAUGACUGGACUGAAUUUAUUUCAGCAGCUGUGUAGCUUAGCUAGACUAGCUAGCUCUGCUUCCUACAAUAGUCCUUCAGUAGAGAUGCCAGGUAUAGAUCACUUGUGGAAGAUCGCACUUCGAGCAAAGAACACCGACGUUAGUCUUUCAGCAAUCCAGUAUAUCAACUCAUAUUACAUCAAUGCUGGUAACGGUACUCUAGAGAAGGAAGAAGAGUUUAUUGAGCGAUGCAUGGAGAGUCUAUCCCAGGCCUCGGCUGAUCUCAACUCAUCUCUUGACGCCAGUCUCCUGGUCCUACAGAGAGGGCUCAUCCUACUUAAAACUCACCUUGAAGCUUUCAGAAAAAGAUAUGCAUACCACCUACGCCAGUGGCAGCUGGAGGGUUGUGGCAUCACCAGUCAUCAGAAACAUCUUCUAGACAGCCAGGCAGCCACAAUAAGAGUCCUAUGCCAAAUAGCAUCUUUGCCAGACAAGUUCACCCUUGAGAUGAAUGUCACUGACCUUGUCGCCGACCUCCGGGCAGAGGUCACCCACUUCUGCAGCGACAUCUUAAAGCAGCAAUCCACAGAGAACAACGGUCAAUUGGCAGCGCUCUAUGCAGCCACUGUACCGGAUGAGAAGGGCGGGGGUUCAGAACCCCAGCAGCAGCCGCAGCAGCAAGGAGAGGACCAGGGUCUACCGACAGUUAUUCCUGGACCAGUGAGGAUGAUAUCGGCCGGGCAUGAGCUCAUACCGGAUCUUGACGAGAAGACCCUGAAGGAGAUGAGUUUCAGUGAUGCGAGGUUGGUGUUUGUAUCAUUUGGUGCUAUGAGGAGGGAGCGUAAGCGUGAAGGGGCUGAUCAACCCGCAUCGUGCCUGCCUCCGCCCCCUCGAGAGAAGCUUCCCAUGAUGCUCUUACUGGGGGAGCCACACUUCAGCUGCCUCUUUCAUCUGCUUCAGCAGCUCAAUGAACUAAAAUGUGAUGGCAAACAGGAGGAAGAGUCUGAGAGAGACCUUGAGAGCAGAGCCCAGAUGCUGUCACGUAAUGUUUGGGAUCUUCUAAUGCUCCUACCUACCAGUCCCGAUGUCCUCAACGGCUUCAAGACAUUACCUGCUAUCAAGCCCAACACCAGCAAAGCAAAGGCAGAAGUCAGUAAGACCAAGGAUGAUGGGCAGAAUUCUAGUGGGACGCCCUCAGGAGGUGACCUCGCACCAGUCAAGGUAGACUGGGGCAAAUUACUGACCGAGAACAAGCCCCACAAGCUUCUCUACUCUCUUCAGAUCAUCGAGGCUCUGGGGCAACCUACCAAGAAGCAACGCAGCAAAUCGGUGGCUUCUUUAGGAUCCAGUGAGCAUUCAGCCAGCAUGGCAGAGGUAGCAGCCAUGAAGGUCAAAAAGAGUAAGAGUGAAACCAAUGUAUAUGACAUGGAUAGUGAUGUGGACGUCCUCUCACAGAGAUCAUGGAGUACGAUGUUUAUCAGUUGUGGAGGAUUGAAGCACCUGUUUGGAAUCUUCAUGUCGGCUUGUCUUGAGACACGGGAGGACAAACAAUGGAACUUUUGGCAGCAAGAAUGUCUGGCCUCGGUCCUGAAGCUCAUCAAUGAGUUUGCAGCGGAGGAGGCCUUGAAUGAACCGAGCGGAGAUCUGGAUGAAGUCUUUGAUGAGCCACCCUCGUCAUCGUCAUCGUCCAGUGAGGAGGUACCUAGGAAGAGGGCCAGGACAGCAGCCAGGGCUAGAAAGGACAGCACAGACUCUGGAAGACUCGCCGUCAGGUUCUCUGCAAUAAUGCAGGAGCUUCUCUCACAGUCUGGAGUGCUAGAGAGACUGAUGGGUGUGUUGUAUUUGGCCGCUUCACCUGGGGACUCCACCCUUAUGCAGGCAGGCUACUGGGUUGUCCAUUAUGCAAUGAAGCUGUUGGUGUUGUGGGCGUCCACAGACUCUGAAGUCAAGAUGGCCAUCGGUCAGUAUGACAAGCUUGACCAGUGGCUACGAAGGCUUAUACUCCAGACCAAUGAGAUCUACAUCAGACGAGAGGUAUGCGAUGGUCUGUUCAGGCUGUGUGAAGGUCUGGAUCCAUCCAGUCAACAUUUCUUAUGGUCUCUUCUUAGAAGUCUCUUCACCUCUCUUGAUACAGCUCUCAACAUUCAACCCAAGAAGGGCAGCGACAAGAGUUGCGAUGACAGCAUACCCAGUUGCCGUGACUACUUCUGGCUCUUGUGUCUACUGAUGGACAACCUCCACUGGCAGGGAGACAGCCCCCAUGCCAGCGGGGUAGGGGUAGGAGCAGGCAGGAUUGACCCAGAGAAGGUCAAUGCUGAGCUAGACUCAUUCACCAGGCUCCUCUCCCAGAAGAUUGAAAGCCGUCCCAUCCUUGAAGGCCGUCACAGCACCGUAGAGGACUUAGCUCUGGCCGGUCUCAUUAAACUGUGUACAGCAGCAGUCAAACACAAUCCACCGUUCAAGUUCAGUGAGGGUGGGCAGAAGUUUGUGAAGACUGUCUUUGACUGCCUCUUCUCGCUGCCGACCCCAGGACACCAGAACCUACCCAAGUGCAAGUCCAGAACCAGUCGUCUAGCAGGCUUUGAUCUCCUUCUAGAGCUUGCUAGAGAAUGCCAGGCCAAUUACACAUUGCUUCACAAGGUCAUGUUCCAACAACAUGCACCAAACACCCAUCCUCCUUACCCGUGGGAGUACUGGCCUCAGGAUGAUAGCCGGUCGUCGUGUGGCUAUGUGGGUCUGACUAACCUUGGUGCUACCUGCUACAUGGCAUCAUGUAUGCAGCAGCUCUUCAUGAUGCCUGAAGCAAGGGCUCCCAUCCUGCAAGCAAAGGUGAGCGAGGCAAGUAAGCAUGCCAGCAUCUUGAGUGAGACGCAGCGGAUGUUCGCCUACCUGCAGGAGAGUGAGAGGAAGGCGUACAACCCCCGUAGCUUCUGCAGAGUGUACACCAUGGACAAGCAGCCCCUCAACACGGCAGAGCAGAAGGACAUGACUGAAUUCUUCACCGAUCUCAUCAGCAAGAUGGAAGAGAUCACGCCCAGACUGAAAAACACUGUGAGUAGCUUGUUCAAAGGAGAGCUGACAAACAAUGUUGUGUCACUGGACUGCCCUCAUGUGAGCCAGACAACAGAGGAAUUCUUCACUGUCAGAUGUCAAGUGGCCGAUAUGAAGAAUCUAUAUGAAUCUCUGGAUGAAGUAACGGUGAAAGACACCCUGGAAGGAGAUAACAUGUAUACCUGCUCACAAUGUGGCAAGAAAGUGAGAGCUGAGAAGAGGGCCUGCUUCAAGACACUACCCAAGAUCCUAUCUUUCAACACCAUGAGGUAUACGUUCAACAUGGUCACCAUGAUGAAGGAGAAAGUCAACACGCACUUCUCCUUUCCGAGGCAACUUGACAUGUCGGGCUAUACGGAGGAGGCACUCAUUAGUAAAGGCAGGGGAUCUGAUGUAGCAUCAACGAGCAGUAGUCAACCGCCCCAGAGCUACCUCUAUGAGCUGAUCGGUGUGACCGUUCACACCGGGACGGCUGACGGCGGCCAUUACUAUAGCUUCAUCCAGGAUCGUGUGCACAGGGAUCAGGAAGAAGAUCGCUGGUUCAUGUUUAAUGAUGCAGAGGUCAAGCCCUUUGACCCCAAGCAGCUGCCGGCCGAGUGCUACGGAGGCGAGAUGACGACCAAGACCUAUGAUUCUGUGACUGACAAAUACAUGGAUUUCUCCUUUGAGAAGACACACAGUGCAUAUAUGUUGUUCUACAAGCAGUGUGACCCAGAGGAAGGGGAUACCAAAGAGAAGGUCAAACCACUUGAGACCACCGUAGAUCUCUCCAAGGAGAUAGCAGAGUGGAUUUGGGAGGAUAACACAAGAUACCUGCAGGAUAGCUACAUCUUUGAUCUGAACUACAUGAACUUCAUGUGGCAGGUGUGUAACUUCCUACCAGCGACCCUUCCCGACCCUCAAGAAGUACAACUCAUAGCUUCCAAGCUGACUACGUCCUUCAUGUUGGAGACACUGAUUCAUUCCAAAGAGAAACCCAACACCAAGCAAUGGAUGGAGCUCAUGACCAAUCAGUUCCAUACAUGUCCUCUAGCGUGUGAGUGGUUCCUGGACUACAUGGCAACAGAUGAUUGGUGGCCUCAGCAGAUCCUCAUCAAAUGUCCCAUACAGACAUGUAGGCAGUUGUUUCAGAGGCUUUGUAUCCAUGUAAUCAGACAGCUGAGAGAGAAACAUGCACCACUCUACCUUCAUGCUGUCAUAGAAGGCAAUCAUGAUGAACGUGAUAUUCAACCGGAUGAGAUCGGCAAUGUAUCCUGUGUGACAAGAUUUAUCAAGAAACUCCUCCUUGUGAUCUCAGUUGGAGUACGUCCACAAUGCAAACACCUGACUGAGUACUUCUCAGUUCUCUAUGAUUUCGCAAAGAUCGGAGAAGAUGAGGCUCAGUUCCUGACGUCGGUAGAGGCUAUAUCCAUCAUGGCAAACUUCUACCUGGGCACCAAAGCAGCUGAUUAUGUGGAGGUGAUAUCGGAUGACGAGAACGAUGAUGAAGAUGACGACGAUGAUGUCAUAUCACUGACAGAAGACAAGUACAAGCCGACAUCGUUGGAGAAGAUGAUCUCUCUGAUAGCGUAUCUUGUCGAGUCUUCCAGGACGGACCGAAGGCUGCUUCUCUCUCACAACGACUACGCUGUGCUAGUUGGGGGAAAGGGCUUUCCAUUCUUGUUUCAACAAAUCCGAGACAACAUCAACCUACAGCAGACGAGGAAUCUCAUCUUCAGACUCACUCGCUUCCAGCCCAAGCUGGCUGAGCAGAUCAUCUCCAUGAUAUUCAAUGCAAUCAGCAAGCUAAGUCCUGAGGCUGGAAUCCCUUUCUUCAAGAUGUUAUCCCUGCUGGUUGAACCGGUCCCACCAGGAUGCACCUCCUUCACACCCAUCAUCCUUCAAAGAAUAUGGGAUAUCUCAGAGUACAAUCCCCAGCAGGUCCUGGACUGGUUAGCUGCCCAAGUCCCUAGGAACAAGCUAGCCCAUCACUGGGUUCUACAUCACAUAGACAGAUGGGUGGAGAUGUUUCUCAUCCAUCAAAACAACAGGGUUCGAAAUGCUGCCGCCUUCCUCCUAAUCUCCCUAGUACCUGAUCCUCACUUCAGACAAUCAUUCAGGUCAGCAAGGUCACUCCAUAGUCCACAGAGAGAGAUCAGACUGGCCCCAGAGUCCCUGAUUGUGUUGCAUCAGAUCUACUCACUGCUUCUAUCACUACUCCCUAGAGCUAAACACUAUGUUGAUGUAACAGCACAUGGUACCUCCAAGCUUGUGGCGUACUUUGCUGUCCUCAAUCACUGCCUUAUAUCACGAGCUGAGAAGAGAAUGUUCUCAACCCAUUUCAUGGAUCUCUGGAAUCUGUACCAACCCAAGUUAUCUGAACCACCCAUCUCAUGCAAUCACAACAAACAGGCCCUGUUACAGUUUUGGUACAAUACCUGUGUAGACUAUCCAGACAACGUAGAACUCAUCAUCACAAACCCAGUUGUAAUGAAGCACAUCCCAUACAACUACAUUCUUGCCGAUCAUGAUGAUCAAGAGGUGGUAGUAUUCAACCGCAUCAUGCUACCAGCGUACUACGGUCUGCUCAGGUUAUGCUGCCAUCAGAGUCCACAGUUUGCCAGGAUGCUUUCAACGCAUCAGAACAUGCAGUGGGCUUUCAAGUAUCUCACUCCACAUGCUAACCAGUACCCCAUGGUUGUAGAAGAGUUGUUCCGGAUGAUGAAGCUCUUUGUGACGAGACGAAGUGACAUCGAUGAGGAAGAGGAACACAUCACUGAGUUCAAGAAGAUGACUCUCCUCUGCUACCUGGAAUGUCUAGAAAGGAGCUCAUGCUGGACUACACUCAUUAGUGCCUUCAGGUUAUUAAUAGAGAAUGAUGAAGACCGAUCUGUGGUGCUUAGUAAGCAAGGUCUUAGCAGACUUGCUGAUGCUUUCUUCACCCUUCACAUGAUGUACCAUGAGGCUACAGCCUGCCAUGUAGCUUGUGAGCUAGUAGAACUUCUCUCAACCACUACUGCAGUCUUACGAGUGGCCAUACAGCAACAAGACUUGAAAGAAGUGAAGCAAUCACUACUUCAGUUUCCCGAGAGGAUGGACUUUGCCCACAAGCUACUUACAUUACUCAACUCAUAUACCCCAGAUAAUGUCAGAACAGAGUGUGUCGGUGUUCUUCACAGCAUGGUGACGCUCUACCCACAUGACUUUGUACAGAGGGUUGUACCCCUGAUGCACCAUGCUCAUCGACAGUUCCAACAGCAGUCAAACAUUUCAGUUGUAUCAUCUGGACCCUACUUCCCAAGAAGAAUGCCCAAACCACUGCUGAACAAGACCACGUUGAGGGCGCCGCGACCAGAGCUACAGAUGUUCUUGCAUCCAAGUCAGCUGGAAACCUCACAUGGAGCUGAUCCAGAGUAUGAUAAGACUCUGCUCGACUUCUUUGGGCCUUAUCACAACCUUGUGGAGACGUUGUGCUAUGCAGCCAUGCAUAACAAGAUGCUCACAGAAGAGAUCAUAGGACUGAGUGUACUGGUAGCAUAUGAAGGUAUUCCAUUGCAGCUGGACUGGUUUGCCAAAUUCUGGAAGACCAUCUAUCACACACAGGGUAGCGAGAGGGACGCCAUUGAGCUGCUAUGUAGCCUACAGUCCUUCCAUGACUACGUAGAGAGUGUCCUCCUAGAUGAACGAACAUUCCUCAACAAUGUACAUGUCACAUCCUUUUUCUGUAUAUUCUUUCCCAGGGUGUAUCAACAUAUUCUGUGCAAUAACUGGGAUACAGUUGUCAAGACGAUAUGCAACAAUGUGUUAUCAGAGCGAGAGGAUAUCGCUGAGUAUGACAGACAUCAGCUAGCCAUCGCAGCUUAUAAGCUAAACGGGGACUUGAGAGCUCUCCUUCAGAUGUUCUCAGUGGUCUUAACCCAGCAGCUCAACCCCGCCCUUGUACCCGCCCUCAAACACAUCCUGGAGGUGUGUAAGAAACAUCAACCGGGCCCCGCCCCUAGGCAACCCAGGCCGCCCGUCAAGAAACACAGGACAUCAUCCUCCACGUCAUCAUCCUCAUCGUCGUCCAAUUCAUCAUCGGACGAGUUUGAGGUGGAGGAGCCAUCCAGGGGGGAGAGCACGGAGGCGGGGAUGGCCAAGGAGACGUCUUGCGGAGAGGACGAGAAGUCAUCCAAGAGGAAGGGCAAUAAGGAUGGAAAGAAGAAGGAAGUCCAAAUGGAAGAAGAAGAAAAGGAGAAGAAAGAUGCCAAACCAACACAGAGUACUUCAUCAGAUGACAGUAUACCAAGCAAGAGGCGGCGUCUCAGCCAAGACAUGAAGCAUCCACAAAAGGACCAAAAAGGAGACUCACAAACCUUGAAAGCGGGAGCUGUGAAAGUUCCAAAGAAAGAAAGCGACAUCCAAGACUCUGACAAUACCGAGAGUAGAAAAGCACCGAUAGUCAAGGAGGUUAAAAGCAGCAAAAAGAGAACUGCGAGUGAAUCGCUUGACGGGAGAGUUGAAGAUGGAGAGGAUGAUGCUAAAGUGCCGCAAUCGCCUGAUGUGCCGUCGGGAAGCCCACAACCUCCAUUGCUGUCACCUCGGUCACCCACGGAGGCUCCAGGACCGUCUGCUGCCUCGCCCACAGGCCAGAGUGCUGCUGGCCCAUCAACGCCUGCAAGGGGGCAGGAAUCAAGAUUAGUAGGACCCAAGCCACGCAAACAAGAUCCGAUUGGUGCUUUCAUCAAGAGUCUGGAACUCCUCAUUAGCUUUCUCAAAGACCGUAGUGACAGUUCACCGACUUGAGGUUUGUUAGACGGAGAUGCAUUUGUUGGAGACGUUUGAGGAUCAUUUUGGACAAUCCUGCCUUGGUCUGCUGUUAGGACGGACAGUCAUGUGAUGUAUCCUAUAACAAAAAUCGGUGUAUGCCAUCCCAAAUGGCCUACUUAUAAUGGAUUUGUCCUCUUUCUGUUGGAAGAUCAAUAUCUUUGUCACUAUUAGGAUUCCAUGUGUUAUGGUCAUCCUGGAGACUGGUGACCCCUCACUCACUGCCCACAAGAUAUGAAGUCACUCAUUAUGACAGUUCAGUGGGUGAGAGAAAAGGAAAGACUGGUUGCUUUUUAAUCAGUAAUUAUAAAGAGGUGCACACGGAUCAUUGAAGCGUCGUGAGGAUCAUUUAUUUUUUACUUACAUUUUGUUUCGUGAGAAUUUUUAUUUUCUUGAGAGAUCGGUAUCGGAGAGCCCCCAUGCAGAGCUUGCCAAAUUGGCAACAAGUAUCAAAAGAAAGAGUGACGGACUUUAAAGAUCCUAUGUCAAGAUUGCACACGAGUCAAAACAUGUACCAAUGGCUGUUAAUGUUGAGAAGAUUGGAAAAGAAGUUUCACAAAUAUUCAUCACAAAUUGUGGAGGUCUUCAUGAUUUAUGAAUUUUGUUUUUUUAUAUCACAUAGUUUUUCUCUUUUUUUCAGAGAAAAAAAUUGGCAAACGAAGAAAGCACAAUUUUGCUGCAUUGUAAUAAUUUUUUACUUCAUCUGCCCGGGAGAUGAUUAAGAAAUAGAGUCUAAACUGUGCUCGGCUCAGAUGCAAAUGAUUCUGAGUAUGUCCAUGUGUGAAAUAGAUCAUUUAUUUAUUGAUUGAUGAAAUAUUUGUUUCAAAAUAAUUUGAAUACUUAUGCAUACAACAUCCACAUAGUUCUGUUUUUAUCAAAUUGCAUCAAAUUGCAUCAGAAAAAACUAAGUGAGUUUAGACAAAACAGCAUUUGGCAGGAUAUUGAUUGCUGAUCUUCUCUUCCGUGUCCCAACAAUUAAUCCCUGUACAUGAUGUGGCAGCUACAUCUUUGAAAUGCAUGUAUGAUAUGUCAGGUAGACCUGCAGUGUUUGGUUGGGGCUUGCACUUUGUCUAAGCAAAAGUUGUAUGUUGCAAUAUCUUUAUUCAUCUUCUGCCGCUUUCACUCCAUCCAGUCUUCAGAUGUAGAUAGAUUUCUCUGCCCUGUCUGAAAAUAUAAAUUUGGAAAAGGAAAAAGCUUGUGUCAAACCUUAUCUUUUUGGAACAUGAUAUGAAUUUGUAUGUGCUUUCUAAAUAUAACAUGUAAAGAGAUGCUGGUAAUAAUUGCAACUUUUGAUAUAUUAUUUAGACUAUGAUUUGGUAACACUUGCAUUUUUCUUAUUUAUAAGGUAUUGAUUUCCUAAAGUUCUGUCCCCUAUUGUGCUUUUUUUUAAAACCUAAAUAAAUAUGAUCAUUAUUGAUGUUAUCACAUAUAUUUUCUCAGCUGAAUAUGACAAAUAUUUGGGUGUUAUUAGUAAAAUAGUAGUAUUAAGAUGUAGUAUUAUAGGAACCAGAACUGUACUAAUAAUAUGUUGAUUUAACACCCCUGAAGUUCUUUAAUAGAAUGCAGGAAAAUCUCUUUGUUGAUGUUACUGUAGUAAUGUUAUACUUAUAAUAUACCUUGAAUUUGCCAUGUCUUUAUAAGAAUAUGUGCUUAGUUUGUGCCGUGUGCCAAGAAAUGCUGGUGAUGUGAGCAUGUAAUGCAUAUCUAGAUGUUACAAUAUCUUUAAAUGCCAUGAAAGAUAAAAUUCUGGUGCUACUUUCUUCUCCCCAUUCUUUUCAAUGGUUCAUUUGAAUUUCUUUAAUGUUUUGCGAAAUGUAGCGACUGUGUCUGCACAUGUAAUGUAGUAAAAGUUUUCAUUUUGAUUAAGAGAAGUUACCGAGAUUCCCAAAAGUACAUUUUUUUUCUUUCCGUCCGUCCAGCUCGUAAUGAAAAGGCCACAAACAAAUUGCAAAGGAGAAGUCUGUUCGUCUGCUUGUUCAAAUGAAAAAAAUAUCUCUCUACAGAAAAUUCUCCACUUUGUAAAAUUUGAUGAGGGUUUUAUUACAUACCAUGUCAUCAAUUAACAAAACUUGUUGUAGUACUGGGUCUCAAGAUAUUAAGUAUUUACUGCAAAGACUAAGAUUAUUUGAAUUUUUUUAUUAUGUGGAUGUAGUUAUUAGUAAGUUGGCAUCUGUAAGUUUAUGUGCCUUAAAAUGGUUUGAAAGAAAAUAAUGAAGUCAAUGUAAAGUCUGAUGUUAUUAUGUCUAUAUGGGAUAUAAGUGAUGUGCACUCUUUCUGUUUGCAUCCAGUCUAAUGUCUAUGCAUUGUUUUAACCAUACAUAUUGAUUAUAUCAAUGAUUAAUUUUUCUUUGUUUUUAAGAGAGGAGUUAAAGAGAGACUGUCAAGUGGAUGGAAAGUGACUACAACGUAAUUAAUUCCUUGCUCUGCGACUGACUUAGAUUCUUUAGCUUAUAGUGCUUCCAGUGGGGUUGCCUAUCGCAUGGGUUGAUUAAAAAUCACAUUUUUAAAGUUAAUGGCCUGUAUUUUACUCAAAUCUCAACUCGCUGCUGGGUUUAAGCUCAUUCUGAAGUCAAAUUUAACAAAAAGUAGGUAGAUCAAGGUUUUAGUUCUCCUUUUGGUCACAUGACUUUAAAUAGUCUCGGACCUCAAGUGUUUUGAUUUGAUUGAAUGCAGGCCUCUGGCUUUUGAUUUUAUAUGGGUCUGAUAUGGAUAUUGUUUUGCAACUGGUUUGGGGUGUUGAAAGUGAAUUAUCCAAUUUAACAAUAUGAGAGAUGGGUGUUUAAAAAAGUACAACUUAUUCUCAAUUAGGUUUGAACCCAUUACCAACAUGAAUGAGAUGGUUCUUGUAUGAAGCUAGGGGGGGGGGGGGGAUAGAAUGUGCUAUUCAACGGUUUUAGAGUUUGCGGAUGUGCUUGUAUCACUGUAUCUUCUAAGCUGUAUAGAUCUUACCAUGUAAAAACAUACCAUAUUCUUUUAACUGAUUGUGCUCAUCCUGAUUCUUCUAUUUCACCAAGAUGAAUAUGGAUAUAAUCUGUCAUAAAAGUGAGAUUAAGUUUUCCCUGAUUCUUUUUUUACAGAAAGCCUAUAUCCUAUCAAAAGAACAUGGAAGUGUUUGUCGCACAAUAUUUUUUUUUUUUCUAGAACAUUCCAACUAUGAAAUCACUCUAAGUCUGUUAUCUUGAUGUAUUUACUCAUUUUCUAUCUCUCUCUACAAGAAUAGUAAAUAAUUGAAAAAAAUCUUUAACUUAUUUAUCAAGAGAUUAAAGAUGUAAUGGUAGGCUCAAGGUUCUUUAGAACGUGUCUCAUCCUCCACAAAAUGUCAUACCAUCUACGCUAAAGGACUAGUAGUUUAAAGCAAAAACCUAGUUAUAGAAAUUAGUUACAUGCAAUAACUUUUUUGGGCUGAACAGUUUUCAUAAACAUUUCAUAUUCAUAGCCAUCCCAUAAUGUCUAAUCAUCAGUAUGACUGAUAUUGUACCAUUUAAAAACAGUUAAGAUAGAACAUGGAGAUAGAUAUUUGUUAAAGCCCUCUGCCAACUCAAGUGAUAUAAUUUUGUAUGCCACCUGUAUGGACAGCACACAACUUUGGCUGCCUGAAAAAAUGUCCUUAUUAUAUACAUGUUUAACAGCAGUGACUAUCUUGAGGAUAAAUGCAAAUGAAACGAAUUAUAUUGCCGUUUAUGAAACUAAUCAAAUUAAUAUGGUGUUGUUCGUAACUGAAGAAGAAGUUUAAGCAAGUAAAACGUGAUACUUUCAUUUCAUUACUGGCAUCAAAGGGAAUCAAUGACUAAAAGUAUUUGCUCUGAAUGUUUUGGGUUAAAUACCAGUGACUGUAUUUGAGAUGUCAGCUUCAAUAUUACAUCAGUAAAGAGAAAUUCAAGGUUAGAUACUAUUGUAGAUGAAAGGAAAAGCAAUUAUGCGAGUGCAUUACAUGUGUAGUUGAUGCUCCCACGUGCACUGGCACAGAAGUUAACUUUUGUGCAGACAUGGAAAUGAAAUCAUUCUUUCCCUUUUGCUCUGUAAUCUUUAAUGAUUUGAAAGUGUGUGUCUUUUUAUUGGGGGUAGGGGUGGUGCUGAUUUUAUGUUUUUUAACAAUAUACAAAUAAGUUUUUCAAGUGAUUAAUCCUCUAUAAUCCAGCUGUUUCUUUAAAAUCCAUUUUUACAGAACAAAGGACCAGUAAGUACUUUCAAUAUUGCACAAAAGAAAAUAGAAUUAUGAAGUGAAGGAUAGAUAAAAACUAGUUACAUUUUCUUACAAACAAAUGCAUGGUGCUAGACCAAAACGUCUUGAAGGGUUAACAUCAUAAGUUUUUGUGAAUCUGGAUUGUGUAUGAGAUUCACAAAAGUUUUUUGCAAACGAAAAGUUAGUAGUACUGUAGAAUACAUUUAUUUUGAUGAACAUGGAUCACAAUUUGAUACCAUGCUUUUAAGUGUUCUUUCAUUUGGAUUCUUUUGACGAAAGAGAGGAGUUAUUAAGAAAGAAAAUGGAAAGGUCUUGUUCAUUGCAAUGUCGUGGUGAAGUUUGUAUUUUUUUUCCUCCAUACAUUGCAAAAUAUACAACACUGCGAUCUGCGAAUUCUUGUACAGUUAUUGCCUGCGUAUUUAAGUGAUAUGAAUAUAGAUGGUGAAAGAUGCGAGAGUUAUGGUUCGUAUGCACUGCACUUAAAACUUGUGGCUCUCUCGAAAAUGUUUUAAAAUGAAAUGUGUCUAUUGAAUAAACUCGCUUUAUUGCAACAAUGAAAAAACAA